CAGCAUUGUCCAAGAAAGCUCGCUCAACAUGGGGUGAUCAGUCUUCAUUCACUGGUUUCUUUGUCCACUUACUAAGAAGAGAGUAUGGUACUUUAGACCUGUUAAAAGAUCAUGAAGGACAAGGUUUUUUCUGGGGCAUCUGGGCUUAUAUAAAACAUGUUUCAACAGACUUAACUCCUGCUGUUUGUUCUUUGCUGUAAUGAUUCUGUUCUCCAUAUACUACAAAAAAAAGAGAAAGAGGGACAUUUUGUUGAUUUUUUUAGCCAUGCUGACUUUGUACAGCGCAUUUUUUGCAUGGCGUGCAAAUCUGGAUAUUCAGUCACCAUUAUUUCUGGGUGUGGUGGAACGCUUUUGGAUGCAAAGUGAUUUUGUGCUGAUUUUGCUGGCUGCUGUUGCAUUUCAUGAUGUUGUAAGCAUCAUCAGCCGACUGAUUCCUGUGCAAAGCUGGCAUGUGGACUUGGUCUUUGUCACUCUCCUGGUAUUUUUACAAUUGCGGCUCAAUCUACCACUGUGUGAUAGCAGUAGAAACCUUGUGGUACAUGACUUUGCAGUUGCUAGCCUCUCUGCCUUUCCAAAAGAUGCAGUAGUGCUUACUGAAGGAGAUCUACCAUCAAACAGCUUUAGAUUCUUCCAUCUUGUGGAACACAUGAGGCCAGACCUGACGAUUGUAGAUCAAGAGAUGCUGACAUAUGAUUGGUUUAUUCCUAUGCUGAAACCUCAUCUCCCAGGAUUAAUGUUUCCUGGUGACCAGAUGUUUUCUCGCAGUGGCAUCAGUGCCGACAACAAAAAACUCUUCACUUUUCGCCAGCUGCUGGAUGCAAAUUUUGACAAGAAGCCACUCUAUGGUUGCAUAGGUGUUCAAGAUCAUGAGCCUUCAUGGAAAGAAACCUAUGAACUUCGCCCCUUUGGUAUCUGUGACCAGUUUGUGAAAAAGGGGACUAAAUUUAAGCUAGAGGAAUGGCUGAGGGCAUCACAGAAAUUUAGUGCAAACUGGACUCAUCCAUUUCCAGAGAGCGAUGCUUCAUGGGAAGAUGUUGCCUCCUCAGAAAUGUGGAGAGCUAAGACAGUGGCAGGCUUGUAUUUGAUGGAGAAGGCAGAACAUUUGGAUGACCAGCACAGGAAAGCAAACUGGUUGCGAAAAGCAUAUCAGGUAUUCAAAGAGGCCAUGGAGUCCCAAAAACAUUUUCCAGCAUACUGGCACAAGAACUUUGCUCUGGUCUGUGACAAACUAAGGCAUUUUAGCAGUCACUCUGAAAAGAUUAACCUUGUGAAGACUACUGUUAUCCACUUUAAAGCCUACCUCAAUGCAAAUGUUGUGGAUCAUGAUAAGGAAGCCAUUCAAGAUGCCAUCUAUAAAUUGGAAAACUUCUUGAAAGUCCUGCAGGGAGAAUAGCCAGGAGGACAAGCAGUAAGCCCUAUGUAUGAAAUUUUCAUGUCAGUCAGGGUUUUCCACCUAUAAAAUGCAAGGGGUUUUAAAAUUUAAAGCUAAUUAAAAGUUAAAAUUAUUGGGUGUUUCAGCCACCGCCCCUCUCCUCACCCACUACCCCCAUCAUCUCAAAUAAAAAUAUUCACAUAUCAGCUGGAGAAAAGUACUCAGCAUUCGCAAUGUACAUUAAUAUUUUUGUCCCUGAUGUUUUAGGCAUAUAAAAGUAUGUCACUGACGUUUGAUAAUAGUACCUAAAUAUCAUCUUUCAUGUCCAGUUUACUCCAAAAUGUCUUACACAUUGACUUGAACUCAUUUUUUUUCAGACCCCCAAAAUCACAAGAAGACCAUAACCCCCAGGCAAAAUUCUCUUUACACAAAUAGGACCUUUAUAUGAUUUACACAUUGGAAACCCAAAGCAUCCAGACGUAUGAAGUCAUUCAGGUUUGACUUGCCUUUCAGUUAAACCAAGGCUUCUGGGAUCAUUAGAAGUGCUGCAUUUAAUUGCAUUUACUCCGUCCAAGCAGUCCUCAUUGCAAACUUCUUUGUCAUAAUAACAUGUUUGUGGAUAUAUUUUCAGACACUGACAUGCACACAUAUAGACAGACGCUCAUGUCUUGAAAACCCUCAGCAUCCAGAGGCCUUUAACACCUUCUUUUUCAAUUCCAAUUUGAAAUGUAGAACAUGGACCUUUUUGACGAUUAUACACUUUGUUAAUACUUCAAGUUUAUUAGAAACUCAAUUCACAUUUUGUUUUGGCUUUUUUAGCCAUUACAUUUUUUUUUUACCUUUUAUAUAUAUACAGGGUAUGAGAUUGAGAAUUAUUGCUAGUAGCAUGAUUUUUUAAAUCUUUUAUUAGUCUUGUUUAGUUACAUUAUUAAACCCCAUUCUAAUUUUAUUCAAGCUCUGCAUUGGAAGCCCAAUGAUCUGCAUUGCUCUGGAAAUAUAACAAUCAUAAUGAAACUCAUUUUAUACUGC